AUGAGUAGGAAACUCGUGCUAAAGACAAAGCCACGAAACACUCGAGGUCAUCUCAACCUUGUAGAGAGUUCGCGUGACUCAGAUCUUAUCUAUUCUAAUGGAUGCAUAUCUUCUGAGCUUAAGCCUAGAGCUACAAAUAUGCAGAUUAAACAGCUCACUACAUCACUCCUUCUUUCACUGUCUUCCUACCCCUCCUUCUAUCUUCCUACCUUUCGUCUCAUUCUCCUCUCUUUUCCUCAGACUACCUUUCCUACCUAUAUUUCUACCUAUCUCCUUUCCUCCCUUCCUACUCACACCUCCUCCACUUCCUCUCUCUCCACCGUCUACUCUCUCUUCCUCGUGUACUGUUGCCCUCCCUCCCUACCUCGCACCUCAUCCUUGACUCUCGUACUCUACUCUCCUUCUAAUACACGUCCCGCUUUCUUCCCUAUCACUCUCCUUUUCUCUCAUUUCCUAUCCUACACAUCGUCUCUUCUCUCAUCUCACCCGUACUCUCCUACUCUCUCUCUUCACUCCUACCCACUCUCUCCCUCCUCCCUUCUUCUCUCGACGCUGCACUCUCUCCAUUCUCUCUCUUACUCCUUCGUUAUCUCUCCUCUGCGCAUACUCGAUCUCCCCUUGCUGACACUCUCCACCUCCUCAUCUUCUCCCUCACCUCUCUCCUACCAACUGCUUACUCUUCCUACUCUUCUCCUUACUCGGCUCCUGCUGACACUGCUCGACACUCCUCCUAUCACUCUUGUUUUACCUAACUCUGACCUUAUUAUACGUCUCACCUCCUCACGUUUUGCACUACCACUUCCUUCUCUCUCUCUUCCCUCAUACUUGACCUUCCUCCUUCCUCUACUCCUUGCUACCUCAACUCCACCCUCUCUUUCUACUUGGCUCCUUCUACUACCUCUUCCUCUUCUCUGCUCCUAUUACCUCUCCUUCUCUCCUCACUCUUGCCCUUCUCCUCACCCGCUACUUUCUCUCCCGGCCUCGAUCCUAACCCAUCCUCUGACUCUACUCCUCUCCACUACUUCUACUAAUCCGCCUCUUUCCUCCUUCUCCUGA